AUGAACAGAAGCUGCGUCAGUUGCGCCACGUCCAAGGUCCGAUGCGACCUCGACAAGAAGGGCUUUCCUUGCUCGCGAUGCCAGCAGAAGAACUCACCUUGCGUGAAAGCUGGACGGAAGAAGCGAACAAGGAAAACGACGCCUAGCAUCGUCAGUUCAAACCUGUCACCCCAAGAGAGAGCACAGCAGAAUGAACCGCUGCCACCGCUCGAGGAGAAUGUCGACUUCUCAUUCUUUGACACAUCAUCCUUUGGCGAAAUUGACUUUCUAUCACAACUUGUUGAUAUCGAGAGCAUGAUUGACACGAGCAGUUGGACGUGGAGUCCUAGCGAUAUAGCAUCGCCCAUUGGCGAGAACACCGUGACUGACAGCCAUGCUUUUUGGGCCGGUACGAGAGUAAAUGACGGGUUCAUCUGCCCAGAUAAUUUUCGACUCCCAGCCGACUUCCGUCUUGAGAUUGACAGCCCAGAGACCAUCCCUGUACAUCGCCUAGAGACGCUAGCGAGGCUCUUCUUCUCGCACUUUCAUCCUUCGCUUCCUCUACUACAUAUUCCAACAUUCUGCCUAGCUUCAUCACCUUCUGUUCUGAUUCGGGCGAUUUGCUUCAUUGGCGCCGGUUUAGACAAAUCUCCUACAUCUACAGCUGAAGCAAAGCUCCUCUAUGGCUCUCUUCCAUCACAGCUGGCCAAGUUAUGUCUUCGUUCGAACGGAAGCUCGCCAAGCUUUCAGGAUCUACAAGCUUUAGUACUGCUGCAGUUCACCGCCAUGGCGAGCGGAGGAAGUGCCGAAAGAGCUGCGUCACGACUCAUACAUCCGCUCCUCGUCGCAGCAAUACGACAUGAAGGUCUUCUCAAGGUUCACGGAGAAUGUACCAAGGCUACACGCAAUGCACACUUUUGGACAUCGUGGAUACAGAAAGAGUCAAACAAACGAGUGCUUUGGGGUGUUUAUGCUGUCGACUGCUACCAAUCAAUACUUUAUGGCAGUAAACCCAUUCUAUCACCGACAGAUACGAGGGCAUCCUUUCCAUGCGAUGAUGCUAGUUGGACAGCUUGCUCUGCUUCCCUAUGGGCUGCACUACCAGCUCAAGACCCUUCUAGCUGUUUCUUGUCCUCCGUUAAGGGCCUCAUGGUAGGCCAUGCUCCAGCUGAGACGAAUCUGACAGCUUUUGGGAUGAACCUCUUGAUCCUCGCAGUUAACUCACUUUUGCUCGAAGCCCAAACGUCAAUACUACACGUCGAUACUUCGGCUCUGGACUUGGCACUGCAGACUUGGUAUGCAUCUUGGCAGCAAUUCCAAACGCAGUCCCAAGACGCCAGCGAUACAAGGGCGAACUCUGUCCUCAUCACAAACAGUCUGUCCUUACACCGCCUGGGAGUCCACUUUAUUAGAAAUGGGCGGCCUGUUUUGGAUGAAAAGGCUUAUCUGGAAAGGUCUGCUGACACUAGGAACCCUCUCAUCAUCAAAGAGCAGGUUUAUCAGGAUGAGAUGAUGAAGUACGUGAGGGGAGUCCUUGAUGCGUUCGAAGAAUCAUGA